AAAAUGUUUUCCCGUAGAGGUCUCUGACCAAGAAAAACCAAACGAUUUAGGAUUAAAGUGUUUUCGAGGAAACUUCGUAAACGAUAUUUUCGAUUAUAAAAUUACUUUAUUAAUUAAUUCUGCUUAUAAUAAUUUGACAUUUUAUAUCUUGCAAUAAGGAUCGAGAAAUGGCUAGAGGACAGCAGAAAAUCCAGUCUCAACAGAAGGCUGCGAAGAAAGCCCAAGAACACAAGAGAUCGCAAGGACACGAUCAGAAAGCAGCAGCGCAGAAAGCUCUACUCCAUACUUGUACCGUUUGUAAAGCCCAGAUGCCCGAUCCCAAAACCUACAAACAGCACUUCGAAAACAAACAUCCCAAGAAUGCCCUCCCCGAAGAGUUGAAAGACGUUUGAUCGAACGACAACGAAAAGAACAGAUUAGUGUGAUUUAUGAAAUAUGUACUUUAUACACAGUAAGUAACACUAUCUUUCGGGGGAAAACAAACUAUUUCGAAAGUGGACAUUCUAAAUAGUGGAUGUUUUCUCAUCCCUUUUAUCUCUUACUGAUGUGGUUUGAAGGGGGAAUGAAAUUAAGGAAAGUGUUUUUUUCAAUAAAAGUUUUUUGAUCAUCA